AUGGCUUUCGCUCCCCGUGGCCGUGGUGGUCCCCCUCGUGGACGUGGUGGAUUUGGUGGUGGUGACCGUGGACGUGGCGGUGGUCGAGGCGGUGGCCGUGGUGGUUUCGGCGGUGGUGACCGUGGCCGUGGUGGCCGUGGUGGUGGCCGUGGUGCCCCUCGUGGUGGUCGCGGUGCUCCCCGUGGCCGUGGUGCUCCCCGCGGUGGCGGCGGUGCUCGCGGUGGUGCCAAGGUUAUCAUUGAGCCCCACCGUCACUCCGGUGUCUUCGUCGCUCGUGGUGGCAAGGAGGAUCUGCUCGUCACCAAGAACUUGACCCCUGGUGAGGCCGUUUACGGUGAGAAGCGCAUCUCCGUCGAGGGCCCUGCCAACGAGGACGGUGCCGUCACCAAGAUCGAGUACCGCGUGUGGAACCCCUUCCGUUCCAAGAUGGCUGCUGGUAUUCUUGGUGGUCUCGAUGAGAUCUACAUGAAGCCCGGUGCCAAGGUUCUCUACCUCGGUGGUGCCAGCGGUACCUCCGUCUCUCACAUUGCUGAUAUCGUCGGUCCCACCGGUAACGUCUACGCCGUCGAGUUCUCUCACCGCUCUGGCCGUGAUCUGAUUGGCAUGGCUACCCACCGUACCAACGUCAUCCCCAUUGUCGAGGAUGCCCGUCACCCCCUCCGCUACCGUAUGCUCGUGCCCAUGGUCGAUGUCAUCUUCGCCGAUGUUGCCCAGCCCGACCAGGCCCGUAUUGUUGGUCUCAACGCCCACAUGUUCCUCAAGGACGAGGGUGGUGUCAUUGUCUCCGUCAAGGCCAACUGUAUUGACUCCACAGCCAAGCCCGAGGUUGUGUUCGCCCGCGAGGUCCAGAAGAUGCGCGAGGAGAAGAUUAAGCCCAAGGAGCAGCUGACCCUUGAGCCUUUCGAGCGUGACCACUGUAUCGUCGCUGGUUUGUACAAGCGCUCCGCAUAA